UUGAGAUUCUAAUAAAAACCUAUCCUAAUUUUCCAUCUGGAUUUUCUUGUCCAUAUCAGGGUUUUGGUUUGAUCAGGCCCCCUUUUUUUUUUUCUUGGCUUUUUCUCCUCACUUGUUGCAUUGUACCAUUUUAAAUACCUUGGAAUGUGUGACCUUCUUUGGAGGUAUUCUGGGGGGUUCUUCACUUCACUUCUCUUCUCUUCUCCUGGUUUAAGUUUUUAGGUAAAUGUUAAGUAAAAACCCGCUAAAGAUGAUAUCUUCGUAAAGCUGAAAGCUCUGUUUCUUUUGGAGGGUGCUGAAACAAAGCCUAGAAAACAGUAAUGGAAGAUUGGCAUGGUAUCAUGGGAAGGGGCAGUGCGGGUGGUUAUAGCAGGAGAUCAAUGAGAGAUGAAGAUUUUGAAGAAGAAGAUGUAUGGUCAGUUGUGAAGGAGAGAGAAGAUUCAAGUCCCAAGAUGAGGAAAUCCAAGGAUUACUAUUCUUCUUCUUCUUCUUCUUCUGCUGCAUGGUGCCUCCAUAGUGCUCCAAGAAUGAUCCCAAGAGCUAAUAUUGCUAACCCACCUACAGCAGCAGCAGCAGCAGCAGUAACCACUCAUGAAGCCAAGGUAGUUCAACACUUAUCAGCUCCUGUGAACAUCCCAGAUUGGUCAAAGAUUUAUGGGAGAAAUACAACUGCGGACUCAUCUGCUGAUGAUGGAGAGUAUCCUGGCGGCCAUUAUAAUGGGUAUUGUACUGAUGAUGUUAAUGACGAUGAUGAUGGUGAAGGAGACGAAAUGGUCCCUCCACAUGAGUGGAUAGCUAGAAAGCUUGCAAGGAGUCAGAUUUCUUCUUUCUCUAUGUGCGAAGGAAUUGGAAGGACGCUCAAAGGGAGAGAUCUUAGCAAAGUGAGAGAUGCUAUUUUAACAAAAAUAGAUUUCCUACAGUAAUUUCUCAAUCAACGUUUCAAAACCAAGUUACUAUCAUCAUGAUUCAUCAUCAUUAUCGUUAUCGUCAUCAUCAUCAUUUUUACCAUUGCCUGAUAAGGUUCCCAUGUAAUCUUUUAUUUAAUUACUAUUGUUGUUGCCAAUAUGGUAUGUAUUCUACUAGGGUGAGUAGAAGUCAGAGCUGCCCUUUUUGUUUUGGGUUUUUUUGGAAGAGAAGAGGGGGAGAAAAAGACUUUGGCAUCCUCUGAGAUUUUACCUUGUAGCCUAGUGGAAUGUUAUUUGAGUAGUUAUAGUGCACCUGUAACAGGAUAUGUGACAAGGGGUUAGU